CCUAUGUCCCUCUGGUCCCUGCUGCUGUAGGACAGGGUGAGAUUGGUCUUGUGCAGUGCCUGCUGGAAAGAGGCUGGCACUGCCCCAGCAAAGGCUCUCUUGGUGCCCACAGAAGGUGUCAGCCCUGCAGAUCGUUCAGACAGGAGGAAAAUAAGAUACAGGGAAGCAGAAGCGCUGGCUGGCUGCCCCCUCCCACCCACCCGCCUUGGAACCCCACAUGCUGUGUCCCUGCCUCAGGCACAGACAGGAUCUGCUUCAGGAACACAACUUGGAAAGCAAUCGAUGGGAGCCCCCCGCGAAGAGUCAAACGGACGCAGCUGCUGGCAGUGGGGUCCUCCUGUCGAGGUGGCUUGCGGCAGGGAGGACACAGGGCUCCCCACCUCGCUGGUGGGAGCUGCCUAGACCGACGCCCACCCGCCCCGUCCCGUCGGCGGGGCACCGCGGGUGGGAGUGGCCUUGGCGCCGGACGGAGCUGGACCUCCGCGCCAGCAGGGGGCGCUCCCGAGCGCGGCCGCCUCACCGCGGCUAUCCCAGGCGGCCCGGAAGUGACGAUCCUUUCCUGGCGGAGCGCAGCCAUGGCUCGCGGGCCCAAGAAGCACCUGAAGCGUGUGGCUGCGCCCAAGCACUGGAUGCUGGACAAGCUGACCGGCGUCUUCGCACCCCGUCCGUCGACAGGCCCUCACAAACUGAGGGAGUGCCUUCCGCUCAUAAUCUUCCUGCGAAACAGGCUGAAGUAUGCGCUGACAGGAGAUGAGGUCAAGAAGAUCUGCAUGCAGAGAUUCAUCAAGAUAGAUGGCAAAGUCCGCACAGACAUCACCUAUCCUGCGGGCUUCAUGGACGUCAUCAGCAUUGACAAGACAGGCGAGCACUUCCGCUUGGUGUACGAUACCAAGGGACGCUUUGCUGUUCACCGCAUCACAGCUGAAGAGGCCAAGUAUAAGCUGUGCAAGGUGAGGAAGAUCUUUGUGGGCACCAAAGGAAUCCCUCAUCUGGUCACCCAUGAUGCCCGCACCAUCCGCUAUCCAGAUCCCCUCAUCAAGGUGAAUGAUACAGUCCAGAUUGACCUGGAGACGGGCAAGAUCACAGAUUUCAUCAAGUUUGACACAGGUAACCUGUGCAUGGUGACAGGCGGUGCCAACUUGGGCCGUAUUGGUGUGAUCACCAACCGGGAGAGACACCCUGGGUCAUUUGAUGUGGUUCACGUGAAGGAUGCCAAUGGCAAUAGCUUUGCCACCAGGCUCUCCAACAUCUUUGUUAUUGGCAAAGGCAACAAGCCAUGGAUCUCCCUGCCCCGUGGAAAGGGCAUCCGCCUGACGAUUGCUGAGGAGAGAGACAAGAGGCUGGCGGCCAAGCAGAGCAGCGGCUAAGUGCAGCUGAGGCUGGUGGUGCUUCUGCCUCUGUGCUCAUUAAACUGUUUACCAAA